CAUAUUCAGUAUUGUGUGUAUUAUAUAACAUAUUACUAAAAUCUGUUAUGAUUUGUAUUUGCAGAGGUACGUACAUGGCUGACAUAGGAAAGGUAUGGCCUGUGCUGAUUUGUAUCAAGUUAUUAUUGACAUCUAUACGCUCUAAGAUAUACUAGUAUUUGAAUGACCAAAAGCAGCUCAUUGAUUCGUUGACCUCUUUGCAAGAUUGUUCACUUCCAUUGAAAUACUAUCUUAGAGGUUGCUUUAUUGUGCUUCAGCACUCCAUUUUGGUUUCUGAAGUCUGAAUGCGAACCCUUUACCUUCUCUGCGAGACCACCGUGAGACCACGCGAAAGUUGUUUGAUACGACACCAUCACUAUCUUCAAUCAAUGGCUCCAAUUGCAGUGAGAGAUGUGAUUCCAGAUGGAACGUUAGCACACCUCAAUGACGAACGUAAACCUCAAUCUGUUUCUAUUAAUUCCCUCUCCACCGGUGAAAAAAGUUAUCAUCAUUGUUGUUCUCUUGGUGCUUUCACUCCCCACUUGAAGGUUUUGCCAUGCACGCCCCCCUCAUUCUUUUCAAUUGUUCCUCAAAUCAAGUGGAUCGAUCUCUUGGAAGAGAAAAUUUCAUCAAAUGGAACAUCUGGAACAUAUGAGCCAAUUGACACAAUGAAGACAGUCAAAGAAGAUGAUGAAAGUUGGACAUCAUUGCCACUAUUUGAGCACUUGUACCAAAAUGUCUUGCUUUAUGCUUGA